CGGCCACAGCUCGGCGGGCGGGUUCAGGACGCAGGGCCAGCAGCCGCCAUGAUAAUGCUGAAGGUGAACAACUGCAUCAUCGAGGAGACGUUGGCGCUCAAGUUCGAGAAGGUGGCUGCUGGUAACAAACCAGAAGCAGUAGAAGUAACAUUUCCAGAUUUUGAUGGAGUCCUCUAUCAUAUUUCAAAUCUUAAUGGGGAUAAAACAAAAGGGAUGGUCAGUAUGUCUUUGAAAUUCUACAAGGAACUUCAGGCACAUGGUGCUGAUGAGUUGUUAAAGAGGGUGGACAGAAGCUUCUUAGUAAACCCAGAAUCAGGAUACAAUGAUUCUUUGCUAUAUGACCUUGAAAAUCUGCCUACUUCCAAGGAUUCCAUUGUGCAUCAGGCUGGCAUGUUGAAGCAAAAUUGUUUUGCCUCUGUCUUUGGAAAAUGCUUCCAGUUCCAAGAAGAGGGAAAGGAAGGAGAAAACAGGGCUGUUAUCCAUUAUAGGGAUGAGACCAUAUAUGUUGAAUCUAAAAAGGACAGAGUCACAGUAGUCUUCAGCACAGUGUUUAAGGAUGAUGAUAAUGUGGUCAUUGGAAAGGAGUUCAAAGAAGGACGCAGAGCCAGCUCCCCAACCCCCCAGGUCAUUUUUAGCCACAGGGAACCUCCUCUGAAGCUGAAAGACACAGAUGCUGCUGUGGGCGACAUUGGCUACAUCACCUUUGUGCUGUUCCCUCACCACACCAAUGCUACUGCUGGAGACAAUACCAUCAACCUGAUCUACACGUUACAGGACUACCUGCACUACCACAUCAAGUGCUUCAAGGCCUAUAUUCACACACGUAUGCGGGCAAAAACAUUGGAUUUCCUCAAGGUGCUCAACCGUGCACGGCCAGAUGCGGAGAAAAAAAAAUGAAAACAAUCACGGGAAAGAUGUUUUCAUCUUGCUAACUCUUGGGAACAGAGGAGGAAGUGCUGGCAACCUAAGGCUGGACCACUUGCU